UUGCGGCCCCUGGACCGGCUGGAAAAACAACACCCUAAGAGGCAUACGACCCUGCCGUAUGGCAACGGCUUCCACCCGCACCUGGACGCACCUGCGUACGGCCAUAUCGGCUGCAUCGAGCACAUCACGGCAAAUAUUGCGAUAGAUACCGCAACCAUUGCGAUCCGCUGCCUUGAGGUUGUGCCCGGCUCCCACAAGAUGGAUGUUGAUCUGGCCAACGGCAGCCGUAUCGCAGACUCGUGGGUGCAGUCACACACAUGGGUUGCGAUACCUCUGGCACCGGGCGACAUCUUGAUCUUUGGAUGCCACAUAGCGCACCGUAGCGCGCCUAACGAGACGUCCGAGUGA